UGAAGGUUACAGACUGUCUCUGUUUUUUUUUCUGGAAUCCGUUUUUUUAAAAUAAAUAUUUAUAAACAGCAACUGUUCUCUUAUAAGAUGCAGACGAGUUGUGCUUUAUUUUGUAUCUCGCUCUGUGUCAUUACUGCACAUCUGUCAAGGAUCCAUGGCAUGACCCUCACGAAUCCAGAGAAAAAGGGAUGGACUCUGAACAGUGCUGGGUACCUGCUAGGACCUUAUGCUCACAGAAGUCUUAAUGUAAGACACAGAGCUACGGGCAAAAGAGACAUGUGGAAUGAAAGUUCAAACUUACCAGCAUCUUCAUACAAUGAUUCCUAUUUUCUCUCAUUACUGGGUCAUCUUGCAUACCUGCGAUUAAAAGAAAUGGGAAUGACUGAAGAUUUCAGUGGAUCUUUAAUGAGUGGCCAUAUCAAGCAAUGACAAAAUAUCAGUUGCCCUCUAAUACUGUUUUGCAUUUGAUCAUUUUUUUAUUCAUCAUUUAAAAUGUAUUAACAAUGGUAAAAUGCGUAGAUUAAUAUCCCACGAAUCAUGCUGAUUUGACUCA